AUGAUCUCAUCCGGCAUCGGCGAAGAGACCUACGUCCCGCGCAUGGUCUUCGAGAUGGACGAGUUCUUCCACGACACCAUCGGCAAGCUCCUCGCCCGAUCCGGCGUCAAGCCGGACGAAAUCGACCUCCUCGUUGUCAAAGUCUCGAUGCUCGCCGCUGUCCCUUCCCCCACCUCCCGCAUCGUCAACCACUACAAGAUGCGGGACGACGUCAGGACGUUCAAUCUCACCGGUAUGGGCUGCAGCGCCAGCUUGAUCUCCGUAGGCAUUGUGUCGAACACCUUCCGUGCACAAAAAAACAAGGUCGCCCUCGUCGUCACUUCCGAGUCGCUCAGCCCCAAUUGGUACGCGGGCAACGACAGAUCCAUGAUUCUAGCCAAUUGUCAUCGGGUGGGUGCGCGAUUCUGCUCACCAACAAGCGGUCCUUGA